UUUUGUUUUUUUAACAAAUUAUAUCUGGAAAAGUGUGUCAUGCAUUUGUUUUGAACUCCUUUUACUGUUACAUCCCAAACCAGCCAUGGAUGAACCUCAGAAGGCAUAAAUCAUUAUUGCUCCGUUUGAACGUAGCCGUUCCAUGCAGGGCUCCGAGGUUUGCUGGAGAACAUCGAGGAACACGCAGCGGCGUGAAGACGAAGGACCCCGGCAGGCAGGAGAACCAUGGAGAACCCGCCUGCUUCGCCGUACCUCCCAGACCUCCAACGGAGCACCAGCUCAACCCCGGACCCCCUGAACUCCACAACCUUCUCCUCAUCUCCACCAGCUCCCGCCGCCGACGCGUCGCUUUCCCCCAACGUGCCGUACGUGACGGCCGAGCUCAUCAUCGCCCUCCUGUCCACUCUGGGGAACCUGCUGGUCUGCGCCGCCGUGGCGCUCAACCGCAAACUGCGCACGGUCACCAACUACUUCCUGGUGUCGCUGGCGGUGGCCGACGUCUGCGUGGGCGCCAUCGCCAUCCCCUGCGCCAUCCUGACGGACGCCGGCCUGCCGCGCCACAACCUCUACCUGUGCGUCCUCAUGCUCAGCGUCCUGAUAAUGUUCACGCAGAGCUCCAUCUUCAGCCUGCUGGCCGUGGCCGUGGAGCGCUACGUCGCCAUCUUCAUGCCCUUCCGCUACCGGGCGCUCAUGACGCCCCGCAACGCCGUCCUGGUGAUCCUCGCCACCUGGCUGCUGGCCUUCCUCAUCGGGCUGGUGCCUCUCAUGGGCUGGCGCAAGACGGCGCCCGCCGCCUACUGCUUCUUCGUCCUGGUGGUGGACAUGACCUACAUGGUCUACUUCAACUUCUUCGCCUGCGUGCUGGCGCCCCUGGUGGUCAUGUUCCUCAUCUACGCGCAGAUCUUCGCCGCCGUCAAGCGGCAGGCGCGGCGCACCGGGGCGGAGCGGCGCGGCCGGGCGGGCGGGGGGGCGGCGGCCAGCAUGCGGCGGGAGGUGAAGACGGCCACGUCCCUCUUCCUGGUCCUGUUCCUCUUCACGGUCUGCUGGGUCCCGCUCCACGUCAUCAACUGCUUCCUGCUGCUGUGUCCGCGGUGCCCCGUGCCGCUGGAGCUGCUGCUCGCCGCCAUCAUCCUGUCGCACGCCAACUCCGCCGUCAACCCGUUCCUCUACGCGUACACCAUGACGCCUUUCAGAGACACGUUCAAGGCCAUUUUCCUCUGCUGCAGGACGCUGCGGGACGGAGAGGGGACCAACGCGACCGACGGAGAGGAAGCGGGCGCCGGGGCGAGCUAGUGAGCCGCGAGAAUAUCGGACCUGCGUAUAAUCCUGCUUUCCAAAUGAAAAAUGACAAACUAUAAAAUAUAAUUAUUAGGUAUUUCAGGAGAAGGCUGAUGAUCCUGGUUUACAGGGUUCCUAUUGGCCUGGUUCUAACUUAUUUAUGUUCUUUUCUCUUAAGAACUGAAAGCUGUUAUGCCUCAGGACAUUUUGCACGUGUUUAGAUUUAAAAAUUAAAGAAAUCAUUCUGUUUCUCUGCUCCAUCUGCUUGGAAGUGCCUCCAAUCUGAGCUGGGACGGUGAGAACUCGUUUCGCCGAGGUUCUUCCGCCUCAUCCUGAGAACCCGACAACGGGGACCCUCAAAGCCUGCUGCGUCUUUAAAUCUUAAUUUAUUGCUGCGUUGAAUUCUAAAGUUGCUCCAGAAAUUACAAUUCCUGCAUUUUAAUAGUCGAUUUUACUCGUACUUUAUGUUCUCAAUUCGUCUUCUAUGUGUUUUGUCCGCUAUGACGUGUGUUGCUGGCUGCCAGGUCACCCUGGGAAAAGAGGUCUUGUUUUCAAUGGGUCUGUUUCCUGGUUAAAUAAAGGUUUAAUAAUUAAAAAAAAAAAAAUCUGGAUGGAUGG